AUGAGCUGGUUGGACCGGUCGGAGCACCAGCUGGAGGGGGGCUACUGGGGCGAGGUGACGAGUACGCUGUUGUGGUGUGAGCAGAAGUACCAGUGGAGCAAGUAUUUGGCGGAGCCUGUGAAUUCGCUGACGAAUGCGCUGUUUCUGGCGUGUGCGGCGUAUGCCAUGUAUCGUGUGCACACGGAGCGCCUGCAUGCGCGCUUUUACGGGUGUGCACUGGGUGUGGGAGCCGUGGGUGUGGGCUCGCUGCUGUUCCACAUGACGCUCAAGCAUGAGGCGCAGCUGCUGGACGAGCUGCCGAUGAUCUGGGCGAGCAGUUUCCUGACGUGGUCGUUUUUGGACCAGACGCUGUUUCUCGGCACGCGCAUCGACCGGCGCGUACUGCCGGCGAUCAUCUUCGCCCUGAACGUGUGGAUCACGGUCACGUACAUGUCGAAUGGGGACCCCGUGUUUCAUCAGGUGGCCUACGCCAGCAUCAUGGUCGUGUCGAUUUUGCAUGCCAUCUAUAUCCUGACGCAUCCCAAGGCGCCGCUGAACACGUCUGACUCGGCGCGCCGGCGCCGCCACGAGGCGCGCUCGCUCGAGUUCGUGGGCACCGUCCUGUUCAUCGUCGGCUUUGGUAUCUGGAACGUGGACAAUAUCUUUUGUGCGCAGCUGCGCGCCGCCCGCGCCUGGGUCGGGUACCCGUGGGCCAUUCUGCUCGAGGGGCAUGGCUGGUGGCAUGUGUUUACGUGCUUCGGCGCGUACCUGCUGCUUGUCGCCUGCGAGGUGCUGGCCAUGUCGUACCUCGAGCACCCCGACAACUUUGUCGUGGUCUACGGCCGUGGCCUGCCGUACCUCGCUCGUGUGCGUGCGUAUGAUCCGCACCACACGCUGCUGCGCGACUACACGGCGGCGCGGAAGCAGCAGUGA